AUGGCGGCGAGGAUUGAAACGGCACCGAGACUAGGGAGAAUACCAGAUGAGGCACGUUUGAAGCACGUGGACGGAUUCUCGCAGUGGGACACUGACGCUACACGCAGAAACCAUGGAACCAUUGUUCAAAUUUUGGUAGAUGGAAGAAAGUCGAAUACAGUAACGGUGCCAACCUUGGUGUAUUUGUCGAGAGAGAAGAGACCUGAGCAUCAUCAUCACUUCAAAGCUGGAGCCAUGAAUGCAUUGGGUUUCUUCGAAGAUAACUUGUGGAGAGUCAUACUAAACGUGGACUGUGAUAUGUACUCAAACAACUCAAAGUCAGCACGCGAUGCACUAUGCAUCUUACUUGAUGAGAAAGAAGGAAAAGAGAUAGCUUUCGUGCAGUUCCCACAGUGUUUUGAGAACCUUACAAGGAAUGAUUUGUAUGGAAGCAUGAUGCGCGUAGGAGCUGACGUGGAGUUUAAGGGAUUGGAUGGAAAUGGCGGUCCAUUAUACAUUGGAACUGGAUGCUUUCACAGAAGAGAUGUGCUCUGCGGAAGAAAGUACGGAGAGGUAGUAGAAGAAGAAGAAGAAGAAUCUGAGGAUAUUUCAGAGCCUGAGAUGAUUAAGGCUCUUGCAAGCUGCACUUAUGAAGAAAACUCUCAAUGGGGAAAGGAGAUGGGUGUAAAAUAUGGUUGCCCGGUAGAGGAUGUCAUAACCGGUUUAGUGAUUCAUUGCCGUGGAUGGAAAUCAGCCUACUUGAACCCCCAAAAGAAAGCUUUUCUUGGGGUAGCGCCGACCAAUUUGCAUCAGAUGCUUGUGCAGCAGAGGAGAUGGUCAGAGGGAGACUUUCAGAUUCUGCUUUCUGAGUAUAGUCCGGUUUGGUAUGCCCAAGGAAAGAUCGGUUUUGGAUUGAUUCUUGGUUACUGUUGCUUUUGCCUUUGGGCUCCAAGUUCACUACCUGUGCUUGUUUACUCUGUUUUGACUUCUCUCUGUUUCUUCAAAGGCAUUCCUCUGUUUCCAAAGGUCUCCAGCUGGUGGUUUAUCCCGUUUGGUUACGUGACUGUUGCAGCUAAUGGUUACAGCCUAGGCGAGUUCUUGUGGUGCGGAGGAACGUUCCAUGGAUGGUGGAACGAGCAAAGGAUGUGGCUCUAUAGAAGAACAAGCUCCUUUCUUUUCGGAUUCACCGACACAAUUCUGAAGAAACUUGGGGUUUCUGAGUCUGCAUUUGUAAUCACCGCAAAAGUAGCUGAAGAAGAGGCAGCAGAGAGGUACGAGAAGGAGGUAAUAGAGUUUGGAGUGGAGUCUCCGAUGUUUCUCCUCCUCGGAACACUUGGGAUGCUCCAUCUCUUCUGCUUGGCCGCAGCAGUUAUGAGACUGGUGACUUGUGAAGAGGCUGGAGGAGAUGUACAAACAAUGGGUAUGCAGUUUGUGAUAACAGGACUACUUGUGGUAAUAAACUGGCCUUUAUAUGAGGGCAUGUUGUUGAGGAAAGACAAAGGGAAGAUGCCAAGGACCGUGACAGUCAAAGCAUUUGUCUUAGCUUUUUCUGCUUGCACUUGUAUAGCAUUGUCUUGA